UAAGCCAAUCCCAUUCCCAAUCCCCUUUUACUAUCUGUCUGGCCUCUGGCCAAAUUAUAGUAGCGCUGCCCUAACCAAAUCCUAUUGACUCUACACAACGAACCGACUAGUCGAUGUCGAUCCCACCAUCUUCAACCUCAACUCCUUCAGCCUCUUCAGGUUCGCAAUUCACAUACACCACAGCAACGGCGACGCCAAACUCUUCGUAUUUCCCAAUGCCCUUUCACCUCCAGCAAUCGGUCCAACCCUACGUCGCUCCGCCCGCAGUUCAACCCGUCGUCACUCCUGUUUACACCGCUCCAGUUGGAGCCGUCUACUCUCUUCCUCAGUUCCAGCAGGCACAACAGUUAUUUCAAAGGGAUGCACAAACUAUUACACCUGAAGCGCUUGAGGGUGUAAAAGCAGCCCUUGCUAGCAGUGAGAUUGAGCACAAACAAGAAAACAAAAAGAAAGCAAUUCCUCGAAAAGCUGCUGGCCAGUCUUGGGAGGAUCCAACGCUUGCAGAGUGGCCUGAAAAUGAUUAUCGACUUUUUUGUGGUGACCUUGGUAAUGAGGUGAAUGAUGAUGUUCUUUCAAAAGCAUUUUCCCGCUUUCCUUCAUUUAACAUGGCUAGAGUUGUUAGAGAUAAGCGGACUGGCAAAACCAAGGGCUAUGGAUUUGUUAGCUUUUCCAACCCUACGGACCUUGCAGCAGCACUGAAGGAGAUGAAUGCCUUGAUUCAGGUAAAUAUGUUGGAAAUAGGCCCAUUAAAUUACGGAAGAGCAAUUGGAAGGAAAGGACAGAUUACGAGGCACUUGAAAGACAAAAGAACCAACAUCAGAAGAAACCAAAACCUCUUAGAAAGAGUGUAUUGCACAAGUAAGACGAUUCACCUACCUAACGCUGGCAUCUAAGGGGACCACAAAUAUGGCAUUUUGAUAUGGUUGUCAUUUUAAUUCUGUUCUGUAUCCUUUCGCAUUUGACACUAAGCCAAGCAAUGUGGAAUCGUGUUAGAACAUUUUAUUUUAAAAAAAUUUGAGUAAAUUAUACCUUUUUAUA